AAAAUUUUGCUAUUUUCCUCAUUUUAAUUUUUUUUAGAACAGGAUCAGAAAGAUAUUGCAGAACAUCAGAAUAAAUAUCUGGUGCAUCAGGGGUUGUUAUUUGAGACUAACAUGCUGCUAUUUGUUUUUGAGACUAGUGAUGGAAUACAAUAAUGUUAUCCGAUAUCAGAGUUUAAGGGAAAGAGAGGAUAGCUACCGGUUAAGGUUUCAACGCAGGCUACAUGUUACUGAAAAUCUAGUUAAUCGCUUGGGAUUAGAGGCUGAAUUAGAAGGGCAUGGUGGCUGUGUUAAUUGUCUGGAAUGGAAUGAAAAGGGAGACCUUUUAGCAAGUGGCUCAGAUGAUCUGCAUAUAAAUUUGUGGGAUCCAUUUAUGCAUAGAAAAUUGCAAAGCAUUCAGAGUGGACACUUGGGCAAUAUAUUUUCAGUUAAAUUUCUUCCAAAUACGAAUGACCGUAAUGUUGUCAGUGGUGCUGCUGAUUUCAGAAUCAGAGUGCAUGAUGUAGCCACGAAAGAAAAUACAAUGUCUUGCAGUUGUCAUGGUGGUAGAGUAAAACGUCUAGCUGUGGCUCCCAACGUACCUUUUAUGUUUUGGAGUGCUGCUGAGGAUGGCAUUGUCAUGCAGUAUGACCUGAGGGUUCCUCAUCAGUGCUCCAAUGUAUGUAAUAAUGUGCUUAUUAAUUUGGUAUGUCAUCUUGGAAGAAAUGCUGAAGCUAAAUGUAUUGCCAUUAAUCCUUUGAAACCUGAGUUACUUGCUGUUGGUGCUAAUGAUCCAUAUGUUAGGUUAUAUGAUCGCAGAAUGAUUAAGCCUACUGUUGCAAAAUAUCCCAGAGAACAACCUUCUUCAGGGUCUCCAUGGGAUUCAUCAUAUGUAGGUGAUCCAGUGGAGCCAGGAGAGGAUAAUUUGCCUCCAGGCUGCGUUUCUUACUUUGUUGCAGGACAUUUGCCUUUGAAACAGGAUGAUUUCAAAAAACGAUACAGGACUUUAACUUCAACGUAUGUGGCUUUUAGUCCAGAUGGCAAUGAAUUGCUGGCAAACCUAGGAGGGGAGCAAAUAUAUUUAUUUAAUAUUCUUUCAAAGAGGAAACACGUGUCAUUUGAUACUAAUGACUUCUCUUUUGCUAGUAAGGGAACUAGCAGUUUAUGUAAAAAUUCAGAUAAAUUCUGCCAUUCAGAUGAGGGUGCAUCUCCUAAAAACGGUACAACUAAUGGUAUGACAACAAAUGGAGUGUAUGCGUCUCGCUUUUGUCAAGAUGUAUCUGCAUCUUCAUCUCUACCAGAACAAUCGGAUUAUUCUAAGAAGUGUUCUCAAUCUUUACCUCCUGAUAUUGAAAAGCUGAAAAAAAUGGCAAAUGAAGCAUUUGAGAAACAGUUGUAUACUCUGGCUAUUGGUUUGUAUAGUAAAGGCAUUAUAAUGUAUCCAAAGGGAGCAUGUCUUUUUGGCAAUAGAGCUGCAGCAUACAUCAAGCGUGGAUGGGAUGGUGAUUAUUAUGCUGCAAUUCGUGAUUGCCAUGCCGCUAUCAAAUUAAAUCCAGAGUAUUUGAAGGCACAUUUUCGGUUAGCUCAAUGCUUGCAUAAGCUGCGCUGGAUGAAAGAAGCAAUGGAUUGUAUCCAGGCAUUCAAACUUAAAUUUCCUGAUUAUGCCCGAACACGAGCAUUUGAAUCUUUUGAGGCUGAUGUAAAAAUUGCAGUAUUUGCUGAAAUGG